AUGCGUACUGCGAAUAGCUCAGACACUGCCUGGCUACUAAGAGUUAAGUGUCCAAGACCUGUGAGAGAACGUGAUCAGCAAAGGCCUUGGCAGAGGUUCUCCUCAGCACCAGCAAAGAAUGGCAGAGGAAAUACUUUUGACUGCAGUAGAUGUUUUGGGAAAAAAAAUAAUUCCAAAGAUUGGCUAACACAGAAAGACUUCUUUUGUCUGAAGAUAUGGGUAGCACCUGAUGAAAGUCAAGACAUCAUUGCUUCUGCUCAGUGCAUCUUGGACAGAGAAAAUUAUUUUGUGAGGGAGGUGGACAGGUAUCUGAGGCACAAUCAUUUCUUAAAUCUGAGAAAGAAGGAGAUCCUGUACAAGAAAUGGCUUGAGGAUGUUUCAGAGCCACUGCUGCAGAAAAUUGAGGACAAAAUGGACAGCCAGUCAAGCAAAGAAAUAAGCAAACGGAGAGAAGAACAACUCUCUCUCUAUUUAAACUACUGUAAAAAGAAGGGCUAUGUGGCUUUGGAAGCUUAUGACCGGUCAGAGUACGAUCCGUUCUUCCUGAAGACUUGUACAGACUGCUGGAAGGUUUCCAUACCAACUUUACAGGAUCCUCUGUUAAAAGGCAUUCAAAGAAAGUUUAUGGAGACAGGCAUUAUCAAGCAGUGUGAGACAGGAAGACCGUGCUCUACCAGAGAGCUGGACGAACUCAGCAAAGCCGAGCUGCCACUGCUUCCUUUGAGCCGGCAGCACAUGGAUGCAGUUGAGUGGCUGAAGAUACCACACGCCUACAUCGCUAGUGAGGUCCACCAAAUGAAGAGGCAGAAAGUCAUCAGCCACCACAAAGACGGCGAGAGCCAAUGA